UAGUAUUGAAGAGGUCUUUGUUGAAAAAUGGCGGUCAAGGUUGGUGACACCACAAUACAAAAUUGACGUUUUAUUACCAAAACUGCAGAGAUCGAUCAAAUAUUGCAACCAGCUAUCCUGAAAGGUAAAUUAAGAUUAGAUGAGUAAACUGUGAUAGAACCAUGGAGAAGAAGACAGAAAAACUAUCUUCUGAAGAUUCCAAGUGUCAGAAAGAAAAGGGACUUCAGAGCACACAUUCCAAAACAGUUCUGGCCCAUGGCUGUGUACAGACAACUCUCUUUGCAAUAACUCUGGUUCUCAGAGAAAGAGAAAUAGAAAAACCUAAUGAGAUUGUGUUUGAUGAGCUUUUCUUUGGCAAGUAUGCUGGUUUCUAUAUCAAGAACACUUUCUUUUAUGAUCUCAAUCCUCCACUCGGGAAGAUGUUGUUUGCACUUGUUGGUUAUCUUUGCGGAUACACAGGGGACUUUGUGUAUGAAAAUAUUGGAAAAGAAUACGAUGCCAAUGUUCCAGUUUGGCAGAUGAGGUUGAUUCCAGCCAUCUGUGGCAGCCUUGUGGUGCCCUUAGCAUAUCAAGUUUUUAUAGAGAUGGGGCUCAGACAGGGGACUGCUGUCUUGGCUUCCUUUAUUAUUAUAUGUGAUAACUCCCUGCAUACCCAGUCUCGCUUUAUGCUGAUGGAGAGCAUGAUGCAAAUGUUUAAUCUUCUGUCUCUUAUUGGAUACCUUAAGUUCAGAAAACUCAAGAACAGACCUUUUUCUCCAGCCUGGUUUACUUGUCUGGCUGUGAUGGGCUUGUCUUGGGGAUGUUCGUUAUCGAUCAAGUAUGGUGGUUUCUUCACUGGUCUUCUCAUCCUGGUCUUGGUGGUCAGGGACUUCUGGGAAUUGUUGGAUGACAAAACAAUCCCUGAUUUCACCAUGUGGUUGCACUUCCUCUCCAGACUGGUCAUGGUGGUUGUUUUGCCUGUGUUGUUCUAUGUGGGAUUAUUCUACAUACAUUUUGCCUUGCUGACUAAGUCUGGAGUGUAUGACGGGAAUAUGUCCAGCAAGUUUCAAGCAAGUCUAGAGGGAGGGCUCGCAGCAAUAACGAGAGGCCAACCUCAGCACAUUGCAUAUGGAUCCCAGAUCACAAUACGCCACUCAUACGGUAAACCAUGCUGGCUUCACUCCCACGCCUUCAACUACCCUAAAUAUUACGAGGGCAAGAGAGGCAGCAGCCAGCAGCAACAGGUCACCUGUUAUAAUUUUAAAGAUCCCAACAACUGGUGGGUUGUAAAACAUCCAGACAACCAUGAUGUUGGUGCCCCAGUUUCAAACCACCAUCAAGAGGUUUCCUGUUACAUUGACUUCAACUUCACUAAUGGACGGGUGCCACCACAGAAUUGGUGGAAAGUGGACAUCAUUAACAGGGACUCAGAAGGAGACACAUGGAAGAUCAUAACCUCACAAGUGAGAUUCAUUCAUCUCAACACAUCACAGGUCCUCAAGACCAGUGGUAAGAUCUUGCCUGAGUGGGGGUUCUCACAGAACGAGGUUGUUACCGACACUAACAUAGGUCAGGAGACUGCUAUGUGGAAUGCUGAGGAACACAGAUAUACCAAAAGUGGUGAGACUGCUGAGAAAGCAUCCAAUAAAGGAAACUUGAUACCAACUCAACCAACACAGCUGAGCUUCUGGGAAAAAUUCAAAGAACUCCAGGUUAAAAUGCUGUAUACCAGACAUGAUGCAGACUUGGACCAUCGCUAUGGGUCCACACCUUUAGACUGGCCUUUGAUGUACAAGAAUGUGGCUUACUGGGCAGCUUCUAAUGUAAAGAGACAAAUUCAUUUGCUGGGUAACCCACUCCUGUAUUGUACUGGGACUUUGGCUUUGUUAACGUACUGUGCUGUGUUACUGUUCUAUUUACUCAGAAGACAGAGGGAUAUACGAGAUUUGCCAGAAGCAAUGUGGCAGCAGUUUGUUUUGGUUGGAGAGCUGCUGCUGGGAGGUUUCCUGGUGAACUUUGUGCCUUACUUCAUGCAGGACAGGACCAUGUUUCUUCACCACUACUUGCCCGGGGUGCUCUUCAAGUUCAUGGUUCUGGCUGCAGUGAUUGAUCACGUGUACUCUGUGUUAAAUUAUAUCACCCAGCAUAAUAGACUAGCAAACCAAGUGAGCAAGUUUACGUUUGUGGCAGCAGUGUUGGUGUGGUGUAGCGCAGUGUACCACCAGUUCGACAAAUACCGCGUUCUAAAUCAAGGAACGACAAUACUAACCCCGGACCAUCUGCAGAAAUUGCAGUGGAGAGAGUCAUGGGAUUUUGUCUACUCUUUAUAGAGCAUUUUACCAAUGUUUUGCCAGCUAUUAAUAUAAUUUACCAUUCCAGUUUAGACUAAUAUUAACUAGUACUUUGAGAAAUAUACACAUGGCCUGCAAGAGUCAUGGAUCCUUCUAUUAUGGUUCUGGAGAGUUUGGCUAGGGAACCAUGGAGCUCUGUUUAGCUCUUCCAUAUUUCACCUGAUGUAUGAACUCGGCAAAAUGGUCCACUGCUGCACAACUAGACAAAUUAGUUGGAGCCAUAUUGCUUGUGAUUGAUAUCUCUACAUUACAACUUAUAAGGAAGAGAUUGAGAAAAUGGAUAAGAAUAAUCCCAAUUAGUUAUGUUUACAUAUUUCAGUUACAUUUAAUAAAAAUCCUUUGAACUGCAAUCAUGACAACCAAGGUAAUUUUAAAAGUACUGGAUGUUGCUGAUUUAAAGGUCCAAGUAGAUGUAUGUUAGGUAGAAUUAGGAGGGUGUCAACUAAUCUGUAACCAACUGAAUCUCUUGUAGAGGUUUUAUCCUCAUUAACAUUUCUAAGGUGGAAUUUUUUUGUAUAUUUAAUUGUCUAGAAUAUGCAAUUGUCAUUCAGUUACUUUUGCACAAAAUGUUUACAAGUGUUGCAGGAUUAAUUUACUGAUAAAUGGCAUAUCUUGUUUUAUAGGUUUCAGGGUUUUCAACUUCAAAAGCUAGGUUGGUUUGGUACUGUGGAUAAGUUUUGCCAUUAAGAAGAAACUGUUGUUUACAUUUUGACAAUAUUUUUAAAUAGAAGUAGUAGAAUUUUACUGAUCAUAUUUGAUAUAGCAAGUACAUGAACAUAUAUCAAAUAUCCCUUGUGAAUGGUAGUCAGGAAAAUACGGAACAUCCUGACACCUAAUAACAGACAUUAUGAUUUAUCUCAAACAAAUUUUAUGAAAAGGAUUUUCUUUUGCAUCAACCAAAAUUAAUUUCAACAUUGAUCACAAAUUUGGACAAGUAUUUCAGUUCCAAAAUUGGCCGAAUCAUGCUAAGUCUACUGUAUGUGACAAAUCUGACAGUGAAAACUAGCUGAAAGGUUUUAUAGACAUUUAUUAUACAGUUUAAGGAAUAUAUUGUAACAUGAGAUUGUAUUGGUGAAUAUGCAGAUAUACGUUUUAAUGGUGAACACAUUUUAUCGCUGAUACUAAUAUAUACAGAAUGUACAACUAUUUUCAGAAUACUUUUUACAAAAUAAAGAA